GCUAGCGGGUUCCAUCCUCUACCGAGCGCGCGCGAAGACUAUAGAGGUCGACUCGGGAGCGCGCACGCAGCUCCGCCCCGCGUCCGGCUCGCGAAUCCCGCGGCGUCCGGCCCGGGUGGUCUGGGCCGCGGCGGGAAUGCCCCGGAGGGCGGAGAACUGGGACGAGGCCGAAGUAGGCGCGGAGGAGGCAGGCGCCGAAGAGUACGGCCCUGAAGAAGACGGCGGGGAGGAGUUGGGCGCCGAGGAGUCCGGCCCGGAAGAGUCCGGCCCGGAGGAACUGGGCGCCGAGGAGGAGAUGGAGGCCGGGCGGCCACGGCCCGUGUUGCGCUCGGUGAACUCGCGCGAGCCCUCCCAGGUCAUCUUCUGCAAUCGCAGCCCGCGCGUGGUGCUGCCUGUAUGGCUCAACUUCGACGGCGAGCCGCAGCCCUACCCAACGCUGCCGCCUGGCACGGGCCGCCGCAUCCACAGCUACCGAGGUCACCUUUGGCUCUUCAGAGAUGCAGGGACACACGAUGGGCUUCUGGUUAACCAAACUGAAUUAUUUGUGCCAUCUCUCAAUGUUGACGGACAGCCUAUUUUUGCCAAUAUCACACUGCCAGUGUAUACUCUGAAAGAGCGAUGCCUCCAGGUUGUCCGGAGCCUAGUCAAGCCUGAGAAUUACAGGAGACUGGACAUCGUCAGGUCACUCUACGAAGAUCUGGAAGACCACCCAAAUGUGCAGAAAGACCUGGAGCGGCUGACGCAGGAGCACAUUGCACAUCAACGGAUGGGAGAUUGAAGAUUUCUGUUGAAACUUACACUCUUUCAUCUCAGCUUUUGAUGGUACUGAUGAGUCUUGAUCUAGAUACAGGACUGGUUCCUUCCUCAGUUUCAAAGUGUCUCAUUCUCAGAGUAAAAUAGGCACCAUUGCUUAAAAGAAAGUUAACUGACAUACUAGGCGUUGCGGUGUUUAGGGGCAAACAUCACAAAAUGUAAUUUAAUGCCUGCCCAUUAGAGAAGUAUUUAUCAGGAGAAGGUGGUGGCAUUUUUGCUUCCUAGUAAGUCAGGACAGCUUGUAUGUAAGGAGGUUUGUAUAAGUAAUUCAGUGGCAAUUGCAGCAUAUCGUUUAAUUUUAAGAAGGCAUUGACAUCUGCUUUUAAUGGAUGUAUAAUACAUCCAUUCUACAUCCGUAGUGGUUUGUGACUUGUCUGCCUCCUGCUUUGGGAAGACUGAGGCAUCCUUGAGGCAGGGACAAGUCUUUCUCCUCUUUGAGACCCCAGUGCCUGUACAUCAUGAGCCUUCAGUCAGGGUUUGUCAGAGGAACAAACCAGGGGACACUUUGUUAGAAAGUGCUUAGAGGUUCUGCCUCUAUUUUUAUUGGGGUGUGGGAGAGGGGACCUUAAAAUGUGUACAGUGAACAAAUGUCUUAAAGGGAAUCAUUUUUAUAGGAAGCACUUUUUAUAAUUUUCUAAGUUGUGCACUUUUCUCGGUCCACUCUUGUUGAAGUGCUGUUUUAUUACUGUUUCUAAACUAGGAUUGACUUUCUACAGUUGUGAUAAUAGCAUUUUUGUAACUUGACAUCUGCACAGAAAAUAGGAGAAAAUCUGCAUGUUUGAUUAUAGUAUUAAUGGGCAAAUAAGUUUUUGCUAAAUGUGAGUAUUUCUGUUCCUUUCUGUAAAUAUGUGACAUUCCUGAUUGAUUUGGGUUUUUUUGUUGUUGUUGUUUUGUUUUUUUGAGAUGGAGUCUCGCUCUUGUCACCGGGGCUGGAGUGCAGAGGCUCUUGUCACCGGGGCUGGAGUGCGGUGGCACCAUCUUGGCUCACUGCAACCUCUGCCUCCUGGGUUCACGCGAUUCUCCUGCCUUAGCCUACUGAGUAGCUGGGAUUACAGGCGUCCGCCACCACGCUGGCUAAUUUUUGUACUUUUAGUAGAGACAGUGUUUCGCCAUGUUGGCCAGGCUAGUUUCAAACUCCUGACCUCAGGUGAUCUGCCCACCUCAGCCUCCCAAAAUGCUGGGAUUACAGGCGUGUGGGCCACCGCGCCUGGCUGAUUCAGCAUUUUUCAUCAGGCAGGACCAGGUGGCACUUCCACCUCCAAUCUCUGGUCCUACCAGUGGAUUCAUGGAGUAGCCUGGAAUGUUUCAUAGUUUUCUAAAUGUACAAAUUCUUAUAGGCUAGACUUAAAUUCAUUAACUCAAAUUCAAUACUUCUAUCAGACUCAAUUUUUUGUAACUAAUAGCUUUUUUUUCCCCAUUUUUAUUCUACUACUUCCCUAAUAGCUUUUUUAAAAAUCUCCCCAGUAGAGAAACAUUUGGAAAAGACAGAAAACUAAAAAGGAAGAAAAAAGAUCCCUAUUAGAUACACUUCUUAAAUACAACCACGUUAACAUUUUGAGCUAUUUCCUUUCAGCCUUUUUAGGGCAUAUUUUGGUUGGUUUUUACACAGUUGAGAUUGUAUUGUUUAUACAGUUUUAUACCCUACUUUUUCAUUUAACUUUAUAACUUAAAUAUUGCUCUAUGUUAUUAUAAGCUUUUCACAAACAUUAGUAUAGUCUUCCUUUUAUAAUUAAUGUUUGAGGGUAUUUCUUGGCAUGCAUCUUAAUUCCUUAUCCUAGCCUUUGGGCACAAUUCCUAUGCUCAAAAAUGAGAGUGAUGGCUGGCAUGGUGGCUCCUGCCUGUAAUCCCAGUACUUUGGGUAGCCAAGGUCAGAGGAUUGCUUGAGCCCAGAACUUCAAGAUGAGCCUGGGCUCAUAGUGAGAACCCACCUAUACAAAAAAUUUUUAAAAAUUAGCCCUCUGCCCGGCCGCCCCUUCCGGGAAGAAGUGAGGAGCGCCUCUGCCCGGCCGCCCCGUCCGGGAAGAAGUGAGGAGCGCCUCUGCCCGGCCGCCCCGUCUGGGAGGUGAGGAGUGCCUCUGCCCGGCCACCCAUCGUCUGGGAAGUGAGGAGCGCCUCUGCCCGGCCACCCAUCGUCUGGGAAGUGAGGAGCGCCUCUGCCCGGCCACCCAUCGUCUGGGAAGUGAGGAGCGCCUCUGCCCGGCCGCCCCGUCCGGGAAGAAGUGAGGAGCGCCUCUGCCCGGCCGCCCCAUCCGGGAAGAAGUGAGGAGCACCUCUGCCCGGCCGCCCCGUCUGGGAGGUGAGGAGUGCCUCUGCCCGGCCACCCAUCGUCUGGGAGGUGAGGAGCGCCUCUGCCCGGCCACCCAUCGUCUGGGAGGUGAGGAGCGCCUCUGCCCGGCCACCCAUCGUCUGGAAGGUGAGGAGCGCCUCUGCCCGGCUGCCCCAUCUGGGAAGUGAGGAGUGCCUCUGCCCGGCCACCCAUCGUCUGGGAGGUGAGGAGCGCCUCUGCCCGGCUGCCCAUCGUCUGGGAGGUGAGGAGCGCCUCUGCCCGGCCACCCAUCGUCUGGGAAGUGGGGAGCGCCUCUGCCCGGCCACCCAUCGUCUGGGAAGUGAGGAGCGCCUCUGCCCGGCCACCUAUCGUCUGGGAAGAAGUGAGGAGCGUCUCUGCCUGGCCGCCCCGUCUGGGAAGUGAGGAGCCCCUCUGCCCGGCCGCCCCGUGUCUGGGUAGAAGUGAGGAGCUCCUCUGCCUGGCCGCUCCGUCUGGGAGGUCUACCACGGAGGCCAGAAGCAAUGUGGGGGCUGGACGUGGUGGCUCACGCCCGUGGUCCCGGCACUCUGGGGGGCGAGGCGGGUUGAUCACUUCGGGCUAGGAGUUCAAGACCAGUCUGGCCAACUUGGCAAAACAUGAAGAAUACAACAGACAAACCAACCAACCAACUCAAUGACAACAAAACAGGUCUACCCUGGAGUCAUACUCUAAUUUUUUCUAUUUUCCUCCCUUUCUGAUCCUUUAUCCCACUUUCUUUUUCUUCCUCUUCCUUCUCCCUCUUCUUUGUCAAAUAGAGGAUUGAGAUAUUAUCACUGAAAAAAAAAAAAAAAAAAAAAAAAAAAUUUCCCUUGGUAACCAUUUUCCCUGGUUACUUUCUUGGCUGAUUUUCUGCACAAAGAACUGAAAGGCAUUUAUCCCCAAGGGAGGCAGUUAUUUUAGAUUUUACUAAGAAGUUCAGCAAAUACUUUUCAACAUUCCCUUCUGUCCUUUCUUUGUUUUUAAAGAAAGCUCUGAUUUUGUUUCAUUUUCAGCUGGAGACUUAAAUGACACCAAGCAAAGCCUCUACUUAGUUUAGAUAUCCAGGUAAAAAAGUUUUAAAAUUUAAGUUUCUACUUAGCAUGUGGAAUGGUUUUAAUAUUUGGGUAUUUUAUUUCGCAAAUAUGUUUAACUCUUGAGUAACUUAGCUCGUUACUAAUAGAUUUUUAAAGUUCAAAGUAUGCAUUAUUCUGUUUGUUUUUUUCACGAUGUACUUUCAGACCUUGUAUACUUAGUAUUAAAUUAUUUUUAUAUGUUUAGGUGGAAUUAUGUGUUCAAUAGAAGUAUAAAUUGGUUUGAAAAUAUUAUUCUUAACUUUUAAGUCCUAAAAGAAUAUAAACAAUUCAAAAUAUUUUUCAUUUUAAAUCUGUUGAAUGAAAAGAGAUAAUAGACAUCUCAUGACUUCAUGUAGAAUUUUAAAAUUCUAAAUUAAUAUUUUUAAAGUUUACUUAAGACAACUGGUGAGAAAUUUUAAAUGAAGAAAAAUAAGUUAAUUAAGGUUUAUAUAAUAUUUAAUGUUGGGAUAAACACAGUAAGUGCUAGAAGGAAAAAAAUUACUUGAUAAAAAUGAUACUAUGAUUGGAAUCCCAGAAAAUUUACCUCUAGGAGGCAAACACUCAGUUACAAAGUUGUUUAUGAAAGCAAAUAUUAAGUGCAAAGCAAAAUUCUGUAUAUAAUAUCAAUGAAAAUAAUGAAGGCCUAAGCAUUAAUAGUAAAAUUAGUAUUGAGAGACCGUUUCCUAAAAUGUAUUUAAACACUGUAGUGAGACUGUUUAGAUACUGAUUUUGUCAAAAUUAAAAUAGCUCUGUAAAUUAAAAAAAAAAAAAAAAAAUGAGCAUGGCGGCACACAUCUGUAAUCCUAGCUACUUGGCAGGCUGAGGUGAGAAGAUCAUUGGAGUUUAGGAAUUGGAGGCUGCAGUGAGCCAUGAGUACGCCACUGCACUCCAGCCUGGGGGACAGAGCAAGACUCUGCCUCAAAAAAAAAAAAAAAAAUCAGGCUGGGCAUGGUGGCUCACGCCUGUAAUCCCAGCACUUUGGGAGGUCAAGGUGGGCAGAUCUCCUGAGGUCAGGAGUUCGAGACCAGCCUGGCCAACAUGGUGAAACCCCAUUUCUACUAAAAGUACAAGAAUUAGCCGGGUAUGGUGGCGCACUCCUGUAAUCCCAGCUACUCAGUAGGCUGAGGCAGGAGAAUCGCGUGAACCCAGGAGGCGAAGGUUGCAGUGAGCUGAUAUCACACCAUUGCACUCCAGCCUGGGUGACAGAACGAUACUUUUGUCUCAAAAAAAAAAAAAAAAUUCAAAUCAGAGUGAAGUGAAGGAGACACUCCACAGUUUUCCUUCUACUCCAAAUUUCAACUGAUUUUAGCUCCUUCUUUCAACAUUCAACAAAUAGUCCUUUUUUUUUUUUUUUUUUUUUUGAGAUGGAGUCUCGCUCUGUUGCCCAAGCUGGAGUGCAGUGGUGUGAUCUCUGCUCACUACAAGCUCCGCCUCCCGAGUUCAAGUGAUUCUCCUGGUUCACCCUCCUGAGUAGCUGGGAUUACAGGCGCCUGCCACCAUGCCUGGCUAAUUUUGUAUUUUUAGUGGAGACGGGGUUUCACCAUGUUGUCCAGGAUGGUCUUGAUCUCCUGACCUCGUGGUCCGCCCACCGCAGCCUCCCAAAGUGCUGGGAUUACAGGUGUGAGCCACCACGUCCAGCCGGCUUUAUUUUUUUUUAAGCUGUCUUUGUGUCAGAAUGAUAGUUCAUGUUCCUCUUGUUAAAACAUGCAGGCCGAGCAUGGUGGCUCAUGCCACCUCCCAGCAUUUUGGGAGGCCGAGGCGGAUGGAUUACCUGAGGUCAGGAGUUCAAGACCAGCCUGGCUAAUAUGGUGAAACCUCAUCUCCACUUAAAAUACAAAAAUUGCCAGCCGCGGUGGCUCACGCCUGUAAUCUCAGCACUUUGGGAGGCCUAGGCGGGUGGUUCACGAGGUCAGGAAAUUGAGACCAUCCUGGCUAACAUGGGUGAAACCCCAUCUCUAUUAAAAAAUAGAAAAAAUUAGGCAGGCAUGGUGGUGAGCGCCUGUAGUCCCAGCUACUCGAGAGCCUGAGGCAGGAGAAUGGCAUGAACCCGGAAGGCGGAGCUUGCAGUGAGCUGAAAUGGUGCCAUUGCACUCUAGCUUGGGCGACAGAGUGAGACACCGUCUCAAAAAAAAACAAAAAACAAAAAUUAUCCAGGCAUGGCAGUGGGCGCCUGUAAUCCCAGCUACUCGGGAGGCUGAGGCAGGCGAAUCUCUUGAACCCGGGAGGCGGAGGUUGCAGUGAGCCAAGAUCACACCAUUGCACUCCAGCCUGGGCAACAAGAGUGAAAUUCCAUCUCAAAAAAAAAACCAAAAAACAAAAAAAACCAUGCAGUUUGAGUACUGUGUUUUUGGUGUUGUCCAAGGAAAAUUGAAAACCUGUAGCAUGAAUAAUGUUUGUUUUUCAUUUCGAGUCUUGUGAAUGUAUUAAAUAUAUCGCUCUUAAGAGAC